AUGGAGUGCAACGUGCCUUUGGCUGGUACAAGCGAUUUCAUGCAUUCAUGUGACUUUGUUCGCACAGAUGACUGUACUAUUGUGAUGGAUGAUGAUGGCGGUGGACACUGUAAUAUUUUGAUGGACGAUGAAGGUAGGGAAGAUUUGGAGGAGAUUUUGAGGCACAUUGAACCAAAAUGCUUGUGGCGACGGCGAGGGCGGCGCCGACGACGAUACUUCGACAUGGAAUUGUCAGAGCUAGGCGAGCCUGACCACUGCUUCUCUGGCUCGACGACGGACGACGGCAUCGCAUCAUUGGAUGUGAGCCAGCGUGGGACUGACGACGACGACGCUGACGGCUCUCCUGGCUUAUUUGCGAAGUGGAUUGUGCAGCAAGCGGCGGCUACGGUACCGCAUGGUGAGGAGAAGGAUGAAUUCUACUACUGCGACGAGGCACAAGUUCACUUUACAGGAAAAAGGCUUGAUGGUUCUUUGUUUGCAUCUAGCAGAGAAGAUGGUGUGCCCCUGACAUUUAUAAUAGGACAAGAUGAUGUUAUGCAAGGCUUCAGUAUGGCUAUCAACUCAAUGCAACCUGGGGAGAAAGCUAUAUUCACCAUCCCUUCAGAAUUAGUAGGAACCAAGUCAGCUGGGUGUCCUGCAAGUAUCCCAGCGAACAUCCCCUUGGACCAAGCAGUAAGGUUUGAUAUUGAGCUUAUCUCUCUUGUCACCAUAUCUGAAAUUGUCUACAAUGAAGGCAUUUUGAAGAAGACGAUCAAGCAUGGCAUGGGAAAUAUUAAACCUUGUGGUUUGGAUGAAGUUAUUGUGAACUAUAAUGUCUCCCUUGAGGAUGGGACUUCAGUAUCCAUGUCUGAUAGUGUUGAGUUCAACGUUGCGAAAGGCUUCUUCUGUCCUGCAUUUCCAAUUGCUGUGAAGACAAUGAGAGAAGGAGAAGAAGCUGUUCUCAUUGUGAAACCAGAAUAUGGUUUUGGCAAACAGGGCAGGCCAUCCAUAGGGAAUGAAGCUGCUGUGCCACCUGAUGCAACUCUCUAUGUGUACAUCCAACUCAAGUCCUAUAAAACAGUGAUUCACAUUGGAGAGGGCCAGACAAUCUUCAAGAAAACACUUCGCGCAGGAGAGUACGUAGGGAAUCAAGGAGUAGUCAGAGUUCGAUUGAUUGGUAAACUCCAAGAUGGGGUUGUUUUUGAUCAGAGGGGUCACAGAACAGAUGAGCCAUUCGAGUUCGUGCUUGAUGAAGAGCAGGUGAGCGAUGGCGUAGAGGAAGCUGUUCUGACAAUGCAGCUGGGAGAGAUCGCCUUGUUCACCAUUGCACCGCAGUAUCUGCAGGAUCCACUUGUGGUUGUUCCUCCUGGUUCUUCGUCCGUGACCUACGAAAUUGAGCUUGUCUCUGUUGUUCAUGAGAAAAAUCCCAGGGAUAUGAGUCGAGCCGAGAUGAUUGAAACCGCAGCUAGGAAGGAAAGGCAGGCGGACGAACUGUUCAGAUCAAGCAAAUUUUUGAGAGCUUACAGGAGGUAUUACAAGGCCAGUGCGAUAUUAAUGGCACGUCUUUUAGAAGAUGAGAUUGAUGAAGAAGCUAAACAAAUGUCCGUUUCCAUCUUAUUCAAGGCUGCUGAAUGCGCUAUUCGGCUUCGAUGCUACCAAGAAGCAAAAUGCCAGUGCAAUGAGAUAUUGCGGUAUGACCCUGGAAAUGUGAGAGCGCGAGAACUGGCACAACAGCCUUUCCCCGGAGAUUCGCUUGGUAUUGACACUGAUGCACUGUACAGGGGUUUAAAGGUGUACAAGUUUACUAACCAGAAGGCAAAUGCCACAUAUACUUAUCACCUGCCACAGCCUAAGGUGAAGCUCGGGAAGAAAAUGGGUGUGAUGAGACUAAUGGAAGGACACCAAUACAGUGGAAGGAAGAUUUUUGUGCCUCCUAUGAAGAAACCUGGGGCCGAUGUGCGCACAGAUUACAGUCCAGCUACACCAGCAACAGCUACAAACAACCGAAACAACCAUGAAUGA